AUUAAAUUAUUUAAAUUAUUGUAAACAAAAAAAAACCAAAAUAAUUUAUGAUUUUUGUUUUUAAGAAAAAAAAAAAAAUUGUAUUCCUUUAAGACUUUCGUAGCUGGUCGACUUAUCCUAAAGUCAAGACCCUUAUUAAAUAAAUUUAUUUAUGACCAAAGAAAUUUUACUAAUACAUCAUCAUUACUCAUGAAAUCUUAUAUUCAAAUACUUGGUAGUGGAACUUUUGAUGUUAAUCCUUCAGUAUUAGUUCAUUAUGAUAAUCAAAAAGGUUGUAAAAGAUAUUUAUUUAAUUGUGGUGAAGGAACACAAAGAAUUUGUUUACAAAAUAAAUUAAGACUCGUAAAGACAAAAAAUAUUUUUCUUACUAGAGUGAAUUGGGAAUGUGUUGGAGGUCUUCCUGGAAUGCUUCUUACAUUGGCUGAUACUGGAACAAAAGAUAUAAAAAUUUUUGGUGGCGAAAAUUUAACUCAUUUCCUUACAGCUACCAGAGGUUUCGUUAUGAGAUCGACCAUGUCAGUAGAAACACAUGAAUUUCAAGAAGAUGGAAUGGAAUUUAAAGAUGAAAAUUUAACAAUUCUUCCAGUAUUUCUUUAUCCAGAAUGGCAAAAAAAUAUUACUUCUUCGUCAUCUUCAACACAAAAUCUUGAAACUGGUACAAAACGUACAAGAGAUUCCACUUUGGAUGAAAUUAAUAGUAAUUCUACGUUAAAAUACAAAAAGGAAAUUCUAUCAUUGAUGUUUAAUCAAGGUCAAUUAUCCAAUGAUCCUAAAUCAUCGAAUAAGAAAAGAUCAAAGUAUGAUGAAGAUAUUGACACAGCAAUGAAUAUUUCUGAUGAACCUCAGGAUAAUCAAAUGAUGCAAACGUCGAAAAAAUCAAAUAGUGGAAAGUCUUCACCAAAUCGUGGGGAUAAUAAAGCCUCGUUACGUGAGAGAAGAAAAGAAGUGUUUCCAAAAAGAUUACCGAAAUCCCAACAUUCUUUUACAUCAGUAGCUUAUAUUUGUAAAGGACCUGAUUACAAAGGAAAGUUUGAUCCACUUGCUGCAAAAGCAUUAGGGUUGGAACCUGGACCCCAAUAUGCUGAUUUGGUGCGAGGAAAUUCUGUUACAGCCCCAGACGGUACUGUCAUCCAUCCGCAUCAAGUUAUGGGUCCAUCACGUCCUGGAAUGACUUUUAUUAUAUUGGAUGUUCCUUCUACUUCGUAUAUUUCUUCAGUGUGUGAGUCACCUGAAUUUGUUACAUAUCAGAUAAGUAAUAAGGAUACACAACCUCGAGUUAUUAUUCAUAUGGUUGGAAACGGUGUAUUAGAAGAUAAAAGAUAUCAGGAAUGGAUGAACAAAUUUGGUCCAGAAACUGAGCAUAUCAUUGCAAAUGAGAAAUAUUGUCCUCAACGAAUUAUUUUUUACAGUUCGGCGCUUAGUCAGUUAAAAUUGUCUAAAAUUGAUGAAAACCAUUUUCGCAUUCCGUAUUAUUCUAAUGAACCAAUCAAACAAUUGAAAUCAUUGGAUAACAUUCCUAAGAAGGCAUCAUUCGCUGUUCCAAUGAUGAUAUAUCAAACAGAACCAAGCUUUAAACUUGAUAUGUCCCAGUUAGGACCUGUAUUUGAUCAUAAUAUAGAAUCUGAUAAAUUAUUAGAGUCAUCAGAUGAUUAUCUUAACAUUGCGGAAGAAGUUAAGCAGGAAGUUGCGAGAUCGCAUUCAGAAGCAAAAAAUAUCCCCGGUAAAGACGUUAUUAUCACAACACUUGGAACAGGAUCAACUUUCCCUUCGAAGUAUCGAAAUGUGAGUGCAACCUUGAUUAAAAUUCCAAAUAAUGGAUUUAUUCUUCUCGAUGUUGGGGAAGGAACACUUGGUUCAAUGUCAAGACACUUUGGACCAUAUGAUCAACCUCAUGGUAAUGACCAAACAAGUUUAGAAAGUUGCAUAAGCAGUUUGAAAUGUAUUUUUAUAUCGCAUAUGCACGCAGAUCACCAUCUUGGCAUAGUUCGCGUUUUGAAGAAAUGGAAUGAGAUAUAUAAGGGUGUGGAUGAUGCAACAAUUUCCGUAUUUGGACCCUCGAGAUUACGGAAAUGGCUUGACGAAUAUAGUGAUGUUGAGGAUAUUGGAUUUUCUAAAGUUAAAUUUAUAGAUAAUAAAGACCUUUUAUUUUGGAAGCAACAAAAAGGGAAUAAUACUAGUUUAGAUAGCCUACAAUAUUUGAAGAACUCAAUGAGAAUUAAUAAAGUUGAGACUGUGGCAGUAAUUCAUUGUCCUAAUUCUUUUGGUAUAAGCAUAGAACAUUCUGAUGGCUGGAAAAUUGUUUAUUCUGGUGAUACUCGACCUUGUGAUGAUCUUGUGCGUGUUGGUAAGGACGCUACGCUUUUAAUUCACGAGGCAACCUUUGAGAAUGAUUUGACAGAGCAAGCCUUAAGUAAAAAUCAUAGUACAACGGAAGAAGCCGUUUCAGUAGGCGAAAGGAUGAAUGCACAUACCUUAUUAUUAACUCAUUUUAGUCAAAGGUAUCCAAAAGUACCAGUAUUUACCGAUGAUCAUGGUAGAGUUGGAAUUAGUUUUGAUUUAAUGCAGGUAAGUAUUGGUGAAUUAUAUAAACUUCCCAAGUUUGUUAAAGCUUUAAAGGUAUUAUAUGCAGAUGAAAAUGAAGCAGGUAUUGAGGAAGAUGAUAAUGUAUAUGAAGAAGUUUAUAUUGAAGAUGAGGAAGAUGAUAAUGAAAAUAAAUAAGUUUAUUAAAUAUAAAAAUCUAUUAACGUACUUUUUUAAUAUUUAUCGUUAUUAUUAUUUAUUAUUGUUUCAAUAAAUAAAAUAUUUUUCCUUUUU